AUGCGCAGGUCGAGUACUAAUGACAACAAAGUCACCUGUGACCUGCCGGGGACCCACGUGACUCUAUAUAGUCACGUGGCACCCGGCAAUCAAUCCCUUUGUUCUUCUCGCGCGCAGCCCCGUGACCGGGUUUGGUCGGAGCUGCGGCCCGACGACGGGCAUGACUUGUGUCCCUCCUGCCUCGGUGUGGAACAUCUCCGGGAGGCGCUGUCAGAUAACGCUUGCCCCAACUGUUGCGUCAUGCCCCGGUCAGUCAGACUGGAUCGGUUGGCUGCGCUGGAGAAGCCUACUGACUGGGCGGAGGCUGCGCCGCGUACUCAUUUGCCGAUGGGGAAAGCGAUGUGCAAACGGUCUACUGUGGCUGCACCUUCGGACCUGCCGGAGCUGGGCUCCGGGGCCUCUGGGUCGGACUCCAUUGCCUCCCAGGAGGAUACGGCAGAGUCUGUGACAUCCGCUAUUCGAACGGCUCUUGCUCGUUUACAGAUUAGUGUUCCUCAGGCCCAGCCUACGGCUUCCAGCGCCUUCUUUAAGCGCAGUAGGUCAGAGACUGCCUUUGUGGUUCCUCCCUCGGCGGAGUAUGUGCGGGAACUCCAUGCUUGCUGGUCAGACACCAAGGCGCUUUCACGUCUGACAACGGAUGGCAGGGUCCUGGCAGCUAUGCAGGAGGCACCCAAGGUUGGCUUGGGGCAGAUGCCAGCGGUGGAACCGGGCAUUGCCUCUCUCAUUAUCCCACCUGAUGAGGCUUUGCGGCCCAAUGCCCGUUGUCCGCGUCCUCAGUGCCGUAUUACCGAUGACCUUCUCUGCAAGGCCUAUGACUCUGGGGCCCGAAUGGGCCGGAUUGGGAACUCUCUAUCCCAUCUUAUGCUGGCCCUGUCUUCCUCCUUGGAAUCUGUUCCACUGGAUCAUGCCACGCAAGGCCUGGUUGAUGCAUCUCUGCAGGCCUUUGCUCUUAUGACGAGGGAACUUGGACGCACACUAUCCACACUGGUUCACGCUCGCCGCCAGCUCAGGCUUCUAGAACGAGGCAACAGCUGGCAGGGCUUCACAGACGUGAUCGCCAGCCAGUCAGCACCUGGGCGGCUGCGGGUCCUUCACGGAGGUCCUCAGGGCCUUCUCCUUCUUCCACUGAGCCCCAGGGGCUGGUACCAGGUCAGAGAUCGGUCCAGAGACCUGCUCCAGAUCGGAGAAACAGAGCUCGAGACCAAGCUGGGACAAGGUCCUUUCAUCCCUUUCGAGCCGCGCAGUCUGGCCGGCGUCCUCCCGGGCCUUCGAAGGGCCGGGGGGCCCGCAGAUGAUGCCUUAAGGCCGGCGGUCGGUUAUUUUUCCCCGGGACAGCUCAGCUUCUGGGCUGCCCACACCCCGGACUUGUGGGUGUUGUCCACCCUGUCCCAGGGGUACCGUCUUCAAUUCCGCCGCCGGCCACCUAUCCCUGGCCGGGUCAGGAUGACUGUGAUCCACGACCCGGUGAAGGCACAGGCACUGAACCAAGAAAUCUGCACCUUGCUGGCCAAGGGUGCUAUAGUGCCUGUGGACCCCCUGCUGAAUCCAGGGGGCUUUUAUUCCAUGUAUUUUCUGGUUCCGAAGAAGACCGGGGGCCUGCGUCCAGUCUUGGACCUCAGAGGCCUGAACGUGUACCUGAAGGUCAUGCCCUUUCAUAUGCUGACCACCAAGGAAGUGUUGCAGGCGAUUUCCCCGGGCGAUUGGUUCACUUCCAUAGAUCUCAGGGAUGCUUAUUUUCACGUCCCAAUCGCUCCGCCCCAUUGGCGGUUUCUUCGUUUUGCUUUUCAGGGGAGGCAUUUCCAGUUCAGGGUCCUCCCGUUCGGACUUUCACUGUCUCCCAGGGUGUUCACCCGAUGUGUUGCAGCGGCCCUCUCUCCUCUGCAGGCACAAGGAUUAAGGAUCCUCCCAUAUCUGGACGACUGGCUCAUUUGUGCCGCGACGCGGGACCAGGCGGUUCGGGAUACUCGGUUAGUGCUCCAUCAUGUGGGAUGCUUGGGCUUGCAGGUGAACAUGGAGAAAAGCAGUCUGACUCCCUCACAGGAGACUGUCUUCCAGGGCAUUGCCAUGGAUUCCAUCUCAAUGACUGCUUGCCCGUCACCCCAGCGGGUGGACAGUAUAUUGAGCAUGCUCCCGGAAUUCAGGCGCGGCAUGGCACUGCCUCUUGUGCGGUAUCUUCGACUUUUGGGCAUGCUUACAGCUGCGUCUGCCGUAGUGCCCUUGGGGCUGCUGUCAUUGCGGCCCCUCCAGAUGUGGUUGACCAGCUUGAAUCUGGAUCCCGCACGGAACACUCAUCGUCUCCGAAGACUUCGGGUGGGGCCUCAGUGUCUUCAGUCUCUGUCCCAAUGGAGGGUGAGGUUGUUUAUGACCACAGGGGUCCCGCUCGGUUCCCUCCCAUGUCGUCGGGAAGUUGUGUUUACGGAUGCAUCCUCCACGGGCUGGGGUGCGACCUGGCGGGGUCAAAUGGCACAGGGGACAUGGUCCCAGCGGCAGAGCAGGGAACACAUCAAUGUCCUGGAGUUACGGGCUGUACUUCUGGCUCUUCAGAGCUUUCUUCCAGGCUUGCAGGGGAAGCAUGUGCUGGUGAGGUCAGACAACACCACAGUGGUUUUUCACAUCAACCACCAGGGGGGAACCAGGUCAAGGAAACCGUUGUGCUUGACUCGACGGCUUCUGACCUGGGCAGCUCCAUGCAUAGCCAGCCUCAGAGCAGCCUACAUCCCAGGGCCGGAGAACGUGCCAGCAGAUUUUCUAUCCCGUCAGAAGCCGCUUCCAGGGGAGUGGAAGCUUCACCAAGAGGUAGUGGAGCGCAUCUGGAAGGUCUUUGGCAGGGCGGCAGUGGACCUCUUUGCCUCAAGGGACGCAUUUCACUGUCCCCUUUGGUUCUCAUUGGACAACACCAGCCCUCUGGGCCGCGAUGCCCUGGCACACGACUGGCCCCGGACCCUCCUUUAUGCCUUUCCGCCAUUCAGCCUCCUUUUUCAGACUCUCCUCAGGGUGCGUCAGGAGAGGCACAGGGUUCUGCUGGUGGCCCCCGACUGGCCAGCGAGGACUUGGUUUCCUCUACUGUGCGAGCUCAGCUCCAGCUCGCCAAUGCGUCUCCCCUCCAGGAGAGAUCUUCUUUCCCAGGUGGGGGGUCAGAUUUUGCACCCCGAUCCGGACCGGCUCCAGCUCUGGAUUUGGCCCCUGCAAGGCCGGGGUCCACCUUCUCAAGAUACACUGGGUCCAUAG